CUCACCCCGUCGAUUGGCCAGAACACCUUGGAGCUUUGUGACAUCACAGCUUGCAGGCCAGGUUAGGGUAGGAGUACGGUAGAGAUGCUGCCAACUGUCGCCGUGCUGGUCUUGGCAGCGUCCGUGGUGGCCAGAGAUAACGGCACGUGUGAUGGCCCCUGUGGGUUACGAUUCAGGCAGAACCCACAAGCAGCUUUCCGGAUUGUCGGAGGGCAGACUGCACAGCGUGGGGCCUGGCCCUGGAUAGUCAGCCUCCAGAUCUUCACGUCCCAUAACAGCCGCAGGUACCACGCCUGCGGAGGCAGCCUACUGAACUCCCACUGGGUGCUUACAGCUGCUCACUGCUUCGAUAGCAAAAAAAAAGUCUAUGACUGGAGGCUGAUUUUUGGAGCACAGGAAAUUGAAUAUGGAAGAAACAAGCCAGUGAGAGAGCCUCUGCAGGAGAGAUACGUGCAGAAAAUCAUCAUUCAUGAAAAAUACAACAUCGUGACAGAGGGGAAUGACAUCGCUCUUUUGAAGAUCACUCCUCCUGUUUCAUGUGGGCGCUACGUUGGGCCCGGCUGCCUACCUCAUUUUAAGGCUGGUCCUCCCAAAAUUCCCCAGACCUGCUACGUGGCUGGGUGGGGAUACACAAAGGAGAAGGUCCCCAGGCCAUCACCUGUCCUGAUGGAGGCACGUGUGGAUCUCAUUGACCUCGACCUGUGUAACUCAACCCAGUGGUACAAUGGGCGUGUCACAUCAACUAAUGUGUGUGCAGGGUAUCCCGAAGGCAAGAUUGACACCUGCCAGGGGGACAGUGGUGGGCCUCUCAUGUGCAGAGACAACGUCAACAGCCCCUUUGUGGUCGUGGGGAUCACGAGCUGGGGGGUAGGCUGUGCCCGUGCUAAGCGUCCUGGAGUCUACACUGCCACCUGGGACUACUUGGACUGGAUUGCUUCCAAGAUCGGCCCUAAUGCCUUGCAUAUGAUUCAACCAGCCAUCCGUCACCCACCUACUACCCAUCCACCGGCCGUCUCUUUCCACCCUCCUCCUCCUCGCCCUCCUUGGUAUUUCCAACAUGUGCAUUCUCACCCACCUCGGCCGCGACCACCUCGACCUCAGUCACAUCGACCUCUGUCACAUCGACCUCUGUCACAUCGACCGUCUUCACCCCAAGUCUCAUCAGCCCUCAUGCCCUUAGCUCCAAACUCAUCCCCAUCCCCACCUGCAUCCUUUAGUUUUUCUACACAUCGCACGAGGCGCCGCCACACGACCCUUUCUUUUGCUCAGCGUGUACAGCAUCUCAUAGAGGUUCUGAAGGUGAGGACUUAUCCUAGCCAAGAUUCCUCACACUACAGUGGAUCAAUGAACCAUGGUCACCACUACUCCACUUAUAAGCCUCUGUCCAACAAACACAGGCAGCCCCUCCUUCAUUCCUGA